UCCAUCUAAAAAAGAGAGAAAAAACCAGAAGAGUCCUCUGAUUAAUCAAACAAAUUUAGAAACCCCCAAACCCAUAAGUUGUCCUAUAAAACAUUCUCCUCUGAAAUUUGCCCCCCAAUUUCUCUCUCCCCAAACGUAGCGACUUUCAAUCUUUCCAUUUUCUCUCUCGCCGUCUGCAACGGAAAGUCUCGCAACCCACGCUAGAAAUCUUCUGCUCCUAUCGAUCUCGUGCUGAAGGCAAUAAGGGCUGCAAAAAUAUAAUCAUAGAAUGGAAUUAGCGGAUCGAGCAGUCGGGUUCCUGUUAUCUUUCAUCAGCUUAUCCAUUUUCACAUAUUAUACGUUUUGGGUCAUCAUCGUGCCAUUUGUGGACAGCGAUAAUUUUAUCCACAAGUAUUUUCUGCCCCAAGAGUAUGCCAUACUGAUUCCUGUUUGUGCCGGUGUGGUGCUUCUCUGCCUCCUCUGCAUGUUUGUUGGGUUCGUGAUGCUCAAAUCCAAGAAGAAGAAGGCUUGAGGCUGCUUCACAUUCUGUUCUUAUAGCAUGCCGAGGGUAUAGCAUUUCCUUGCGUUUUUCCUAUACAAUCUGGAUUGGAAUUUGAGUUUUGAGAUGAGAAUUGUGUUCAAGCUAUCAUCUCUAACAUUGUUUUUACUGCACACUCGUAGCUUAUCAUAAUUUGGAAGGAUUGUUGCACUUUAUGACUCAGUCUUUGUUGUUCUGCCUGAUAUAUACCUGCUAUAGAGAACUCUGUGUAUUUUCUUUCUUAAAUAGUUCUAUGAAACAAUUUUUAGAGUAUUUA